AUGGUUACUCUUCGUCGAUCAUCCCGUCGCGUUGGUCGUCCUUCGUCUGCAGCUAAAUCGUCAUCUCCGACGAGAUCUGCGAUUGUUCAACCUAUUCCGGUGAACAACUCGACUGAUCCAUCGUCGUUAACUCUUCUGAUUCAUAAUCCAACGACUAUUCUGUCGUCAUCUAACAUUCCGUUUCAGAAUCAAUCGAGCAUUCCGUCGUCAACAACAAACUCAAUCCCGGACUUCUCUAUUCAGAAUGGUCAGGUCUUCAACUUUGAUGGUAUUCAAUACUCUCAGUAUUUCUUGGCUUAUGGUGAUAAUCCAGGAACUUCAUUGAUUUCUGAAGUAUUAGAUGGAUCUAACUACAAUACCUGGAAUAUUGCUAUCACCAUUGCGUUAGAUGCUAAGAACAAGAUUGCUUUCGUUGAUGGAUCUCUUCCAAGACCUAUUGAAUCGCAUCCUCAUUUCCGUAUUUGGUCAAGAUGCAACAGUAUGGUUAAAUCCUGGAUAUUAAACUCUGUUACGAAACCGAUCUAUGGGAGUAUCCUUCGUUUCAAUGAUGCUUAA